AUGGAGCAAAGAAGGCAGAUGCCGAGAUAUGACCAACGGCGCGGCCAUGUGAGAGCCGAUGUGAGGGCCGAUGGCGCCAUCCCCGCCUGGGCGUACUUUGGGGUGGCAGGGCUAGGGCUGGCGUUGUUGCUCAUUUUCUCGUGGAUCCGCGGCUGGUCUUCUCCCCCAUCAUCAACGAACCCCCCCGACAGCCAACUCGUUCUCUCCGAUGACCCCCUCACCGCAAUCUGCACCACCUACCGAACCAUGCGCACCACCGCCCCCUUCCCCCCCGACAAACCCCCGCCGACGCUCUUCGACUUCCUCGGCGUCGACGUCAACGCCCCGCCGUACACGCGCUACCAGUACCCUCAUCUCAGCUCCGCGCGCGACGAGUUCCGCUGGGCCCUAACGCAGUCGUACGCCAAGGCGUCGGCGCCGCUAGCCGCGCGGUUGGGGGGCGCGGUGGUGCGGGCUGGGCGGAAGGGCGGGGGGAGCUGGGUUGAGCGGCGGUACUUGGUUAUGGUUGCGUCGUAUAAUAUUCUUUAUGGUAAUAAGGCGAGGGAUUAUUACUUUAGGUAUUUUAUGAGGACGGUGAGGGAUAAGAGCGACAAGGAGAAGACGGUGUGGGUGGCCAGGGGGUGGGCCUGUGCUCUAAAGACUCGCGCUCCCCAAUCAGAAGUCAACCCGUUAGCAAAGCAGAUGGCAUCUCCCGAAGAGGGCCCUGGCUCGGGCCAGCCCGGUGCCGAACCCAACGUGAUUAUCGAGAGCAUCACCCCAAAAUACACGCCCGGCAAGGAAGAUACCAGCCCCGACCUCGGCCCCGGCCCGGUCCCGAAAUCGAACAAGCAGCUCCGAGCCCAGCAGAUCCUCGCGUAUCGGAACCAUCUCCUCAACAUGCCCGAUGUGUCCAAGAUAGGCGACAAGACACGGCAGCGGCAGCUCGACGCGAUUACUCCCGACGUCAUGGCCUGGGCCAAGAAGCUGUGCCCGUCCGGCGACCCGGGCGAGGGGUGGGACAGCAAGUGGGAGAAUGGGAACUGCAGGAGCCUCAACUCGUCGAUCGUCUGGAUGAGACGGUGGGCGGCGGAUGUGGAGGAAGGUGCCGAUGCAAACGUUACACCUCUCGUUACUCCCGCUCAAGCCCAACCCGGUCCCCCUGACGGUCCUGAAGACGCCACCGAGGCCAGUCUAUCCGUCGAAAAGAGAGUUGGGAAUCUGGCAGAACAAAACCAGAGGAACUCGUCGGAACCCAGAGACGAGGCCGUGUUCUCUCCCAGAUCAGGCUCCCCGGUUGGCUCGAAAACUGCCAACAUCAAGACAAACACUGACAGUGAAAAUCCCACUCAACCAACACAGCAUCUGCUGCAGCAUCCAAGUCAGAUCGGAUUCAGGAACGUGUUCUCCAACACCUUAAUUCCAGCUCAGACGACGAUCCCCUUAGCUCAGCCAGAUCCGCCACCAGCCGCCACUCUCUCCCCCUCAUCAGCUCCCGUGCUAGCCCCCGUUUCAGUCACAGGUCUAAGCCCAACCUCAAUAACCCCCGCUCCAAACCCAGCUCCGUUGCUACCUCCAGAGCAAGGCACCCCCGCCAAGACCUUUACUCCGCCAUUCCUGCGUCCAGCCCCAGCCCAGGCUCUAGUCCCGUCACCCCUUCGCUUCCAGAAGACCAGCCAAGCCCUCCACGUCAACCAAUCCGCCCACAUGCACGCCAAGCCUACGCCCUUCAUGCAGCACAGCAUCCAGAAGACACAGUUCCACAGGACAGACACGAGACUGUCAACAGUCCAAAAGAAACAGGACAACCGUCCAUCCACCAAGCAGCUGAACCCGAAGGCGGAUUUCACCCCACCAAGCGGUGAUCUACGGACUGCUGGUUCAAGAUACGCCAGUCCCAGUCCCGGUCUCAGCCUCUUUGACAUGUCUCCGCACCGCCCAUUGCCCGAGAUCCCAGGCGGUGCCUCGCCGGCGGUCCGGAAUGCGACGACUCACAUGUCUCGAGGAGAUGACACGCGCCCAGGUGCAGGGCAGCAGGCCCGUCACACCAUAGCUCCCGAGAUACCAACAACUCACGCCCCAAAGACAGGCACCGCGCUAAAGCCCAACACCCCCGUGACGGUGGUGAACUCCAGCCGGACGGAGACCUGGAUCGAGGACCAGCUACAGGGGGAGAGUGCAUCUAGUAGUCGUGCUAGACCGACCAAAACCCCCGGUGACAUCUGCGGCGUGCCCGUGAGCUACUACCGCGACAAGCUCACCGCCACCCCGCGCGAGCGCUUCCGCCUCCGGCUCUGCCACGCCGAGAAGGCCAAGAUCCUCGCGGCUCUCUGCCGCGCCGACCUGGCCCCGCUCCGCAGCCGCGACGUCGACCAGCACGACCGCUUCUUCCGCAACCUGUACGGGCGCUGCAACCUCGACUUCGACUACCGCCCGUACCGCCUGCGGCAGGUCGUUUACGACAAGUUCAUCGACGUCAUCCCGGGGCUCGUCCAUGCCGCGAGGAAGGCUUUGGGGGGAGGACCCGGAGGUAGCGGUGGGGGUUGGAGAUGGGAUGCUGAGGCGAGGAGUCGCUUUGGCGACGAAGCGAGCGUCGCGGAGUGGCUCGCCGCGAGGGACAAUGUAGGAUUGCCGGGUAUCGGCCUUGAGACUCAGAACUUGAGGGAGAAAGUCCAACUUCGGGGUGGCCCUGAGAACCAAGUCUCUCCUCAAGACGUCAGACGGUUGACCUCGACUGACGGGGACAUGGCUGAAACCCAGGGCAUUGCUGAGACCAGCUGGGACAGCUCGACUGGCCAGAACAUGGUCAAGACAGUCCGGGAUAUUGCCUCGACCGGCCAGGUGUUGUCAAAAUUGGACAGGGACGGCGAGAAGCAACCGUAUCUGCAUGAUGGCCCUGCUGUGGGGAAACAGGACCAAGCCCGGCUGGACGUCGACGUGCUCCUCGCAGCGGCAAGCAACAACAAGGACGGGGUAGGAUACGUUGGCCAAACCCCGGGCGGAACGCCGAGGUCCGGUGGCUUCGGACUGUCCACGAGGCAUGCACCACGUCUCGAAGAUAACCCCGGGAAUUCGGUCAGAGUCGAAGGCCGGUCUCUCCGGGAGCAAAACCAGCCGCACCUCGGCUACCGGACAGAGCAUCAGCAGCGCAGGACCCAGGCUGCCGAAGACGUCGACAUGCUCAUGGCUGUCGUCGUGACGGGGCUUCCGUCAACACCGACGUGGACGCAGACCUCGGCAAGAGUGCCAGCUACGAGCCCCCGCGCCGGCGAGCGUCGGGAAAACGACCCUCAGACAGGUGCCUCUCCCAGCUCGCCGCCCGUGACGACUCUUCCUCUCAGGCCUCGCGCCCCACCGACCACGCCGACAUCACGAGCCGUCCCAAAGCCAGCUGCUGUUUCCGCAAGCAUCGGCCGCCGUGCCGCUGAGCUGGCUCGUCAGCGCCUCGAGAAGCACCAGCGUGACGCAGAGCCUGUCACGCCUACUCCCGUGAGAAGAGGGGAUCGCCCGCAGAGCACCGUCACCAACGAUUUGGAGUACGCCAAGCUGGAGUCGAGUCUCCUCACUCUCGAUCACACAACAAGGGACCGGCUUGCCGCCACCAACGCGUGGAUGAAGCUGUCUUCGGCUGGACCGCUUCGAACGGCGGACGAUUUAGUCCCGGGGGUAGAUCGCCGGACCAGCACCAGCAUGGAAGUUGGUCUCGACGCAGACGACCAUGGCCGUCCUCGGUCGAGGCUGGGGCAGAGGGGCAGCGACGCACUCCGACUCGGAGCCCAGGACCAACCACCUCCCCACCGUCCGUUAUUCCCGCCGUCAGCCGAGAGGCGAAUCCACGACCUGAGCGCCGACAAUCGCGCAGGUAAUAAUACAUCAUCCCCCUUCGGCCCUCCUCUGCACCUAGACAAGAGACCCCGCGGCUCCGGAUCCGGCGACGGAGCAGCCCUGCACGAGAAACGUCGUCGUGUCGGCAGCGGCAGCGACAACGACGACAUGUUUGCCGUGAUGGCGGAGCUCAAGACCAGGUUCGAUCUCAUCCGGAACACCGACAGCGACAGCGGCUCGGGCUGCCGAAGACGUCGACAUGCUCAUGGCUGUCGUCGUGACGGGGCUUCCGUCAACACCGACGUGGACGCAGACCUCGGCAAGAGUGCCAGCUACGAGCCCCCGCGCCGGCGAGCGCCUCGCGCCCCACCGACCACGCCGACAUCACGAGCCGUCCCAAAGCCAGCUGCUGUUUCCGCAAGCAUCGGCCGCCGUGCCGCUGAGCUGGCUCGUCAGCGCCUCGAGAAGCACCAGCGUGACGCAGAGCCUGUCACGCCUACUCCCGUGAGAAGAGGGGAUCGCCCGCAGAGCACCGUCACCAACGAUUUGGAGUACGCCAAGCUGGAGUCGAGUCUCCUCACUCUCGAUCACACAACAAGGGACCGGCUUGCCGCCACCAACGCGUGGAUGAAGCUGUCUUCGGCUGGACCGCUUCGAACGGCGGACGAUUUAGUCCCGGGGGUAGAUCGCCGGACCAGCACCAGCAUGGAAGUUGGUCUCGACGCAGACGACCAUGGCCGUCCUCGGUCGAGGCUGGGGCAGAGGGGCAGCGACGCACUCCGACUCGGAGCCCAGGACCAACCACCUCCCCACCGUCCGUUAUUCCCGCCGUCAGCCGAGAGGCGAAUCCACGACCUGAGCGCCGACAAUCGCGCAGGUAAUAAUACAUCAUCCCCCUUCGGCCCUCCUCUGCACCUAGACAAGAGACCCCGCGGCUCCGGAUCCGGCGACGGAGCAGCCCUGCACGAGAAACGUCGUCGUGUCGGCAGCGGCAGCGACAACGACGACAUGUUUGCCGUGAUGGCGGAGCUCAAGACCAGGUUCGAUCUCAUCCGGAACACCGACAGCGACAGCGGCUCGAUGGGGGUUUGGGCUCGUCGGGAUGGCGUGGUUGGUAACGGGCUGGAUGGGUUGGUGAUGGUGACGGGGACGGAAGAUCGGGAGGGUGGGUUGGGGACUGGCAGCCGGGCCCGACGUGGCCAUCCCGAAGAGAGAGCGGGGGUGGCGCUUCCGGCAGCGUCCGAGUCUCGGCACGAUCUCGUAGUCGAUGGCCAUGCGAAUGUCUCCGUCUCCGUCCCCCCGAACCCCGGCCCGCGCCAUGGCAUCGCUCGCCUGGGCCUGGAUAGCCCUUCGUCCGGAAUACAUCAACUCCCAUCGACGCCUAGGGAUGACGAAAUUGACCCGGCACACUUGGCUUUGAUCCCAAGGGCGGGCAGACAAGAUAAAAACGGACGGCACACUAUAUCCGCCCACCACACCUCCCCUCCACCUCCCCCCCGCCAAGUGUCGCGCCAACUCGCUCCAACUGCAGUCGAAGAUUCCAGACCAGUGAACCUCCCCUACAGACCCAAGGGACAGGUCACCUCCGGGCCUUCCGACACGCAGAAAGUCCUCCAUCGCACAGGCAGCCUCGGGAGGCAUAGCCCAGGGCAGCCAAGAUGGAGCAAGUCGCCAUCAGGACGCCCAACCACGGUCACGACCAGGCACCCCCAGCCUAACAUCAGCACCGCAACUCAGACCACUGCAUUUCCAAGGGGUAUCGAUCGUCUCCAGCCAAACACCCCCCCAACAGCACCACCUCUGCCGAUCCGCACGUACGACCCAUCCGCCCCCUUCCAGCACAUCGGAGAGAUACUACUCCGCGAUGCGUCUCCCCGGGCCGGACGGGGAUCAGAUCACGCGCACCACCACCACCACCACGAGAGCGUGGAGUCGCUGCCACGCGGGUCUUGGGGUACUGGGAGGAGUGGGGGGAGUAUUAUCCCCCCGCCGAUCCCGACAGCUACGAAACCGUCUGUGGGGGAGGUUACGGGUCUGGAGAUGGAGCGGGAUGAGGUUGGUUUGUGA